CACGGCACGGAGUGGGAGAGAGCAGAAUCAAUGGGCUGCCUUCUCAUUGGGUGCCGGCCGCCGCCGCUGAUGGAAGGGAGUCGGGGGAGUUGAAGGCACAUCCUGACUCCCCUCGGCACAUCCAGAGGAUCGGAGGGACUGACAUGGACAGACGGAGAAGGGCCACCGUGGCUCUCACUCUCAAUUUCCUCUCGCUGCUCUUCUCCAUCACCGCCUUCAGCAGCAGCUACUGGUGCGAGGGGGUCCGGAAGGUCCCCAAACCCUUCUGCACGGGGAAAGACAGGGAGAAGCCGGGCUUCUGCAUCCGAUUCAACAACUCCGACUCCAACGCCAGCAACGUGGUCCAGUACACUUGGGAGACCGGCGACGACAAAUUCAUCGAGAGGCAUUUCCACGCCGGGAUAUGGUACUCCUGCGAGGAGAACAUCAGCGGGGACGGUGAGAGAUGUCGGAGCUUCAUUACCCUCACGCCUCCGGCCGACCGAGGGGUGCUGUGGCUCUCCAUCGUGGCCGAGGUUCUGUACAUCACGUUACUGCUCACCGGCGUCAGCCUCAUGUCCGUGGAAGUCUGUUAUUAUACGUCGGUAAUCGAUGGGUUAAAGCUGAACGCUUUCGCGGCGAUAUUCACCGUGUUAUCAGGGUUGCUAGGGAUGGUGGCGCAUAUGAUGUACACCACUGUGUUCCAAAUGACCGUCAAUCUGGGCCCGGAGGACUGGAGGCCGCAGAACUGGGAUUACGGCUGGUCGUACUGCCUGGCGUGGGGCUCAUUCACAUGCUGUAUGGCGGCCUCAGUGACGACGAUUAACAGAUACACAAAGACCAUCCUGGAGUUCAAGCAGAGACGGCGGAACCUGGAGAGGAGUUUACAGCAAAAACACAAUGUGGGGGAGCAGGGGGGGACGCAGCCGGUGUGGGAUAUUUAUAUAAACACCCUGCAGGGCAACAGGGAAGGAUCGGUGGAUUUGGCCGCUGGGGGGCAGAACCCCUCUAUAUACGGAAACCUCAGUAACUUUCCCUACACACAGUGUGACGAGUACUGCUAGAUUUUAUUGCUUAUUCUAUAUUUUUUUUAAUAAAAGGUUAAUGGACAACG